UCAGUCAGGAAAAAAAUACCUCCAGAGAAGAAGCUGAAGAGUUGUUAAACUUCAGGCCGGCUGGAGUGAAGGGGAGGCCGGCUGGGUGACCCGGUGAAGCCCGGGCCUGAAACAUGGGCCUCCUGGCGAGGAUCCGGAAAGAGUGGUUCAUCAUCGGGAUUGUGUUGGUCAUCUUAUCCGCCAAACUGCAUCCCAGCGUCGGUGUCAAAGGAGGUCCAUUAAAGCCAGAGAUCACCAUCGCUUACUUCGCCGUCUCCAUUAUCUUCUUCAACAGCGGGCUGUCGCUGAAAACAGAGGAGCUGACGAGUGCCCUGCUCCACGUUCGUCUCCACCUCCUCGUUCAGUCCUUCACGCUCGUCUUCGUCCCCAUCGCCGUGUGGCUGCUGCUCAAAGUGCUCGCUCUCACCGCCAUCGACCAAUGGCUGCUCAGAGGGUUACAGACGGUGAGCUGCAUGCCCCCUCCGGUCUCGUCAGCCGUCAUCCUAACCAAGGCUGUGGGAGGCAACGAGGCUGCGGCCAUCUUUAACUCGGCGUUUGGAAGCUUCCUGGGAAUCAUCGUGACUCCUGUUCUGCUGCUGCUGUUUCUGGGCUCGUCCUCCUCCGUUCCUUUCUCCUCCAUCUUCUCCCAGCUCUUCAUGACCGUGGUGGUUCCUCUCAUCCUGGGUCAGGUGUGUCGUAGUUUCCUCAGGGAGUACCUGGAGCGGAGAAAACCUCCAUUUGGCGCCGUCAGCAGCGCCGUCCUCCUCAUGAUCAUCUACACUACCUUCUGCGACACAUUCAGCAACCCCAACAUCGAGCUGGACCCCACCAGCCUGCUGCUCAUCGUCCUCAUCAUUUUCUCCCUCCAGUUGAGCUUCAUGCUGCUCACGUUUGCCUUUUCUACCAGGUCGGGGUCAGGAUUCAGCCCUGCAGACACAGUCGCCAUUAUGUUCUGCUCCACUCACAAGUCUCUCACACUGGGGAUCCCCAUGUUGAAGAUCGUCUUCGAGGGCUACGAGCAUCUUUCUCUGAUCUCUGUCCCUCUGUUGAUCUACCACCCGGCUCAGAUUCUGCUCGGCUCCGUCCUCGUACCAACCAUCCGCACCUGGAUGACCAGCCGGCAGAAGUCUAGUCUGUUGUUGAGAUAGGGCCGCAUUCCAACACUACUGAGCUGAGCGGUGAAACUGUCAACCCUUCAGCCCAUCUGACCUGGAACAAAAGAGUUUUUGCUCUUUCUGUUGGAGUCUGGACUUUGGCAGAGGGAUACAGUAGUACGUGCCUUAUCACAACACAGACCUCAGCACUACGGAGCGGACGAGUUGCACAUAUCGCCUUUAUAUUUUUACAGACAGUGAAAAGACUCCAUCAUAUAAAUUCUUUUAUAUUUAAAGUGAAACAUCUAUUUUUAUAUGAAGAACCUGAAUGGGGGAAAAAAAAACGACCAGCAAGGCAGGAAGGGGCGGAGUUACCGGGACCAAACUUUUCUAUUUUUCUCACUUUUUUUCAACAUUUUUCUACUUUUUUUUCCCCAGGCUGUUACUGCCAGAAAACCUGGACGUUUGUUACAUUUAUAUUCUUCAUGGAAACCAACUGAAGCUUCUUUAUCUUAUUUUUAAUCUACAGAAUAAUAAUCAGGGUGUUUUUGAUGCUGUUGAGUCAAACAAGUUCAGACGAUGAAGGUAUUCUAGGAACACUGAGGGGAACUUAUGUUUUGUUUGUCCUUAUAAUUUUCUGUUCAGCAGUUUCAAGCAAGAAAUCAGUAUUUUAGUCACUGUUUGGCUAUUUGUGAUGCAAACAGAAAACCCAGGCAUGGCUCUUCAUUAUCGAUCUGUGCUGAAUCCAGGAAACAUCAUGGGUUAGAGGUACAGCACCAUAUGAACAUAGGCUGAUGUGCACUUCCUCAAAAUCUAACUUUGCCUUGAAAAGCAGAUCACAAGCCCUGCUGGGUAGAGUUGUACAUCUGGUAUUUACUAAAAAACACAGUCCUCUUCAUCGGCUGUUUCAGCCACUGUAUAUUCCAUCUCCUGCUAUGUCGCCUCUGUUUUCCUCUUUGCAGUAAUGGCGGUAUAAUCGACUGCUGCUCAGUGUUUAUCAGCUCAAACUCACAUAAUACGCCUGGUUUGGGUGCCGCGGUUUCCUUUGCACUAGGCUGUAGAAAAUAUAGGACAAAGUCUGAGGGAAGUUCUGUUACUGAAGGAGGCUUUUGAGUCCAACUGAGAUAGAUCAGAGGUGUCCAAACGUAUUUUACUGAAGGCAACAUACAGAAUAAUACAAGGCUGAUGGAGCCACUUUGUCGUACCUCAUCUUUCUUUUAUUAAAGUCAGUAAAACCAGUCCAGUGGGGGUUAAGAUAUGCUUGGUAACAUAGAAAAACAAUCACAGCUUUCCUUGACUGGCUACAAAGCAAAUAGCCAGUCAUUGUGGAGCAUUUUGGGGUGGUCAGUCAGAUUUCAGAGGGGCCUCGGUCAAGGGGAGAUGCCAACUUGGGGUGGAUCGAUCAGGGCUUAUACUGAUAUGAUUAUUAGUAGUAGCAGAGAAUGUGGCGACAAGAACAGGAAAUAUAGCGUAAUAUAACGUAAUCCCACUGCCAACUAGACGGAGUAUUUUAGAGCUGCACAGACACCAACACACAAGUUCAUAACAGUGUUAGUCAUUAUGGCUCAGCUACAGCGUAGAUUCAGCAUGGAAGUUUGCAUCAGGCUUGAUUUGUUCUGGAAGUUUACACAAAUUUUCAUUCACCAGAAAUGUCUUUUUGAGGGCGUUAUUGUUACAUUUUCAUGCACAUACUCACCGGUCCAUAGGAGGCAUGUUGGAUGUUUGUGAACAGCUGAUUUUUGUUAUUAUAGGUGGCAGCAUUAGCAUUUGUCAUUCUGCUUUCAAAAUGAUGAUUCUAUUGUUUGUGCUACCAAGUUUGCAGUGAAUCCUGGGUGAGAAAAGUGUUCAGAAAUCUAGGCAGGUGUUGUAAAGUUCCUAUCAGAGCCCUGACAGACUCAGUGAUUGGAUAAUGAGCAGGAAAAUGCCUUAAAGUCUGAGUGUGGAGACUUGCUUGGUUUUGUACCAAUUCCAGCUCAGUAUUUUUUAAAAAUGUGGACAACUCUGCACAAUUUGCAUCCAGUGCCAGUGUUUGGUACAUUUUAGGAAGUAGAACACCUUUAAAAAAAAUCAUAAAUUGACUUAAUCCUUGUGCCCUGCUCAAAUUUACUACCCGUUGGACUCCUUCGGGGCAAAAAUGUGCACGUACAAAAAAACUGCCAUUAAAUCACUGUACAUCAAUAUUUUUUUCUACUUUUUUUAACCCUUUAGAUGCCAGUUUGAUUAUUUUAAAUAUUUAUGUU